CAGGGAGAAACAGUCUGGUUAGGAGCAGGCAGUCAGUGAGAAACAGUCAGGUUAGGAGCAGGCAGUCAGUGAGAAACAGUCAGGUUAGGAGCAGGCAGUCAGGGAGAAGCAGUCAGGUUAGGAGCAGGCAGUCAUGGAGAAACAGUCUGGAUAAGAGCAGGCAGUCAGGGAGAAACAGUCAGGUUAGGAGCAGGCAGUCAGGGAGAAACAGUCUGGAUAAGAGCAGGCAGUCAUGGAGAAACAGUCAGGUCAGGAGCAGGCAGUCAGUGAGAAACAGUCAGGUUAGGAGCAGGCAGUCAGGGAGAAACAGUCAGGUUAGGAGCAGGCAGUCAUGGAGAAACAGUCUGGAUAAGAGCAGGCAGUCAUGGAGAAACAGUCAGGUCAGGAGCAGGCAGUCAGUGAGAAACAGUCAGGUUAGGAGCAGGCAGUCAGUGAGAAACAGUCAGGUUAGGAGCAGGCAGUCAGUGAGAAACAGUCAGGUUAGGAGCAGGCAGUCAGGGAGAAACAGUCAGGUUAUGAGCAGGCAGUCAGGGAGAAACAGUCAGGUUAGGAGCAGGCAGUCAGGUAGAAACAGUCAGGUUAUGAGCAGGCAGUCAGGGAGAAACAGUCAGGUUAGGAGCAGGCAGUCAGGGAGAAACAGUCAGGUUAGGAGCAGGCAGUCAGGUAGAAACAGUCAGGUUAUGAGCAGGCAGUCAGUGAGAAACAGUCAGGUUAGGAGCAGGCAGUCAGGUUGAAACAGUCAGGUUAUGAGCAGGCAGUCAGUGAGAAACAGUCAGGUUAGGAGCAGGCAGUCAUGGAGAAACAGUCUGGAUAAGAGCAGGCAGUCAGGGAGAAACAGUCAGGUUAGUAGCAGGCAGUCAGUGAGAAACAGUCAGGUUAGGAGCAGGCAGUCAGUGAGAAACAGUCAGGUUAGGAGCAGGCAGUCAGUGAGAAACAGUCAGGUUAGGAGCAGGCAGUCAGUGAGAAACAGUCAGGUUAGGAGCAGGCAGUCAGUGAGAAACAGUCAGGUUAGGAGCAGGCAGUUAGUGAGAAACAGUCAGGUUAUGAGCAGGCAGUCAGUGAGAAACAGUCAGGUGUGCCAAACAGAAUCCACUCCGUUCAGCACCAUGGACAGCAGCUGUUCGGAACGCGACAACUACGUGGCAACAACACAGCACCGCAUCACAGUCUCCCCACAAAGCGAUCCGUGGGCGGUGUUUGACACCCGGUAGCGGCUGGGGAGCGUGGGGGCUGGCUGGCUGUCAUCUGUUUCACCGGCACGUUUCACGGAGAUGAGCAGCCAGGCGCCCUGUUUUGUUUUUUUAAAAACCUCCAGAUUGACUUCCGUUUACGCUGCACCGCUGUUAGGGUCAGCUCACUAGACUGGUCUGGACUAAAACAUUGAGAUUUCAGAAAACAAACCGGGUUUGAAAAACGGGAUAUAUAUAUUUUUUUUAAUUUGUGCUUUUCGGUGCAGGUGUGUGAGUGAGGGCGCAAAAGAGAGAGGAGAGAGAGAACGUGUAAGUGUCGUGUUGUUUGUGUCGGUGUUUCGGCUAAACCGCUUUAUGUGUUUGUGUGUAGCUGGCUAUGGGUCUGUAUGAGUGUGUGUGAGUGAGUGUGUGUGUGUGUGGAGUGUGUUCGCUCUGAACUGGAGGGGAUAUCAGAGAAAAAUGUCAGCGUGUCAACAACAACAACAACAGAGGCAGGCUAACGGUCGGAUGUGUACUUGCCUUUUCUCUCAUACCGGGAGAUAGAAAAGGCGCUCGUUCAUUCAGGAAGGAGGAGGACGUUACCGGAAUACCUAAGAGACGAGUGGAACUGAACCGUCUUCCCGCCUGUCUGACUGACUGUCUGUCUGCCUGACUAACGUGAAUGAAAUCUUUAGAGGAGGAGGAGAGCGUUUCAAUCCACAGCCGUCAAGGAUUCAAUCGACGGAUGAAGAUGGAGUCAUUCCGCCGCUGUGGACGUUAAACGGACGUUAGGUCUGGAGAGGCUGGUUGGAGAAGUUGAGCUGAAAGGAGACUGAACGGGGGAAAGAGGGAGAGGCGGAUCGGGUAGCUGAAAGGAGACUGAACGGGGGAAAGAGGGAGAGGCGGAUCGGGUAGCUGAAAGGAGACUGAACGGGAGAAAGAGGGAGAGGCGGAUCGGGUAGCUGAAAGGAGACUGAACGGGAGAAAGAGGGAGAGGCGGAUCGGGUAGCUGACAGGGACGCAGACCAGCCCUGGAUUUCAACAGGAGAUUCCAAGAAAAAGAAGAGGAAGAAGAGAAAUAUGUGGCGUCACCGCUGCCGCCAGUCUAGUCUGUGGUGGAGUCUUGAGCCAGUGGUCGUUAAAACGACCCGGCUUGAUCAGUGAAGCCCCUAGCCUCCUCUCUCUCUCUCUCUCUCUCUCUCUCUCUCUCUCUCUCUCUCUCUCUCUCUCUCUCUCUCUCUCUCUCUCUCUCUCUCUCUCUCUCUCUCUCUCGCUCUCUCUCUGCUCUCUACCUCGCUCUUCCUUUCCCUUCUCUUUAAAAGUAAAUGACAUCGGUUGUUUCUCAGUAAGUAAGCGGUCUCGUGACGUGAGAUACUCAAAACCGUCAAUGAAGAUGUUGAUGUGUGACCGGGGCGUCCAGAUGCUGGUGACCACCGUGGGGGCUUUCGCCGCCUUCAGCCUCAUGACGAUAGCGGUCGGGACCGAUUACUGGCUGUACUCACGAGGGACGUGCAAAAGCAAAAGCACCAAUGACAACGACACAAGCCGGAAGAACGAAGAGGUGAUGACUCACUCUGGUCUGUGGCGAACCUGCUGUCUGGAAGGAACGUUCCGAGGUGUGUGUAAGAAGAUCGAUCACUUCCCAGAGGCCACAGAUUAUGAGGCAGACGCUGCAGAGUACCUUCUACGAGCGGUGCGUGCCUCCAGUAUAUUCCCCAUAAUGAGUGUAGGUCUGCUGUUCCUGGGAGGGCUGUGUGUGGCCGCCAGCGAGUUCUACAGGAGCCGACACAACGUCAUCCUCAGCGCAGGCAUCUUCUUCGUUGCCUCAGGUCUCAGUAACAUCAUCGGCAUCAUCGUCUACAUCUCGGCUAACUCUGGUGACCCGGGUCAGAGCGACAGCAAGAAGAGUUACUCGUACGGCUGGUCCUUCUACUUCGGGGCGUUGUCCUUCAUCAUGGCGGAGAUGGUGGGCGUUCUGGCCGUCCACAUGUUUAUAGAGAAACACCGGAAGCAGAGGGCCAAGUCUCGCACCGAACUCAUCAAGAAAUCAGCGUUCAGCCGUAUCCCGUCUUACCGUUACCGAUUCCGCCGUCGUUCCAGCAUCCGUUCCUCCGAGGCGCCCAGCCGGGAUGCUUCUCCCAUCGGGAAGGGGGGAUACAGCGGCCCGGGAACAGCCUCCGACCUCCCCAUGUAUACGCUCACCCCCCGCGAAGCCGGAUCUAAGGCCGUCAUGGGGGGAGUGCUCAAUUCAGAGAGGGAGUUUCUACAGGGCGGUACUCUGGCCAAUACCAAGGACUACGGCAAAGACGCGGCCAACAGGAGAACCACGCCCGUCUGAGGGAGGCGGGGCCUAGGAGAUGAUUGGAUGGGAGAUGGAUGAUGAUAAUGAUGAUGAGAGACAGUGAGGGAGGAAGAGGUAUUAUGAACUUUGACCUCUCUGCAACCUCCAGGGAUAAUUGGCAAAGGGGGUUGAAAUUAGACGUUGGUUCCUAACCACAGAUCUAGGAUAAGGUUCCCCUUUUAAAACCGCUUAACCUCAUCCCCUAGUGGAGGGGAGGGCACUACCCCUUAACCUCACCCCCUAGUGGAGGGCACUACCCCUUAAACUCAUCCCCUAGUGGAGGGGGGGAACUACCCCUUAACCUCAUCCCCUAGUGGAGGGAGGGGAACUACCCCUUAACCUCAUCCUCUAGUGGAGGGGCGGGCACUACCCCUUAACCUCAUCCCCUAGUGGAGGGGGGAACUACCCCUUAACCUCAUCCCCUAGUGGAGGGGGGGGGGGCACUACCCCUUAACCUCAUCCCCUAGUGCAGGGUUGGGAACUACCCCUUAACCUCAUCCCUAGUGGAGGGGUGGGCACUACCCCUUAACCUCAUCCCCUAGUGGAUGGGGGGGGGGGGCACUACUGGUGAGUUGCUGCCCACCCCCUGUACUAGAGGACUGUGAGUUGCACCCCCUGUACUAGAGGACUGUGAGUUGCACCCCCUGUACUAGAGGACUGUGAGUUGUUGCCCACCCCUGUCCUAGAGGACUGUGAGUUGUUGCCCCCUGUACUAGAGGACUGUGAGUUGCUGCCCCUGUACUAGAGGACUGUGAGUUGUUGCCCACCCCCUGUACUAGAGGAC